UGGCCCCCCGACUUAGCCUGGGUUCUCCCAAGGUUUGUUUCUCCAUUCAAUCACCUGAUGGAGAGCUAUCCAGAGAGCUACAAACCUUAACUGUAGGAGUUCCACUUUCAGUCAUUACAAGGGAACCAAUACUGCACGGUCACUGCUGACCCCUAGUGGUCUUGAACACAUGUUCAGUUAAGUGUUGUUAUUUUAUAUCCAAGUAAAGUUGGGAUGUCAUCAUGGAUCUGUAUACAGUGGGUUGAGGAGAACAGACACUGAGGACACUGAUAUGCUCUAUUCAAGGGCAUAAUUAAUGACAUUAGAAACAUCUCAUACUGAAGUGCUGACUGAGAUCGUUCAACAGUGUAUAGGAUUCAGAUGAUAGGAUUAGAAGAGCAUUGCUGCUGGGUACCAGCUCAUGUAGGAGAAAAGGGAAUGAGAUCGCACAAUUAAGCAACAAAUAAAGCUGAUAUAGACAUUAAGGUAAAACAUAGUGAGACUGAGAUGAAAUGUUUAAUUAAACAACAUGUGAGGAAUAGAUGGCGGGGGAGGAAGAAAGAACAGGAAGAGGGUUUCAUAAGAUUCAAAGAGUCGUAAAUAAAGGCAGAAUAACAGGGAGAAAUAGAGAUGAUAAUGUCAAGACUUAGAUUUGGGCAUACUGAACUUAGUAGCCUACGUUGAAGACAAUAGGGAGACAUGAGACAGGAAAGUGUGAAUAUUGUAAUCAAAAGGAUUCUGUAGAGCAUGUUAUAUUAAUAUGUCCUACAUAUAGUAAUGAAAGAAAUAUAUGAAGAUAGUCACAUUUAAGAAAUUUCUUCACACUCCUAAGCAGCAGGUGGCGAUAAUGCGAUAAAGGUUGAAUGCAGACCGCCAUGAACAAGCAAAAAAAGAGGAAAAAAAAUCUUCAGGAAACAAGUGGGAGUUCAUGGAGUUAAAACCGGUCUAUGGUUAAAACCUAAAUGCGUAUGUCCGUGUGUUUAUUAAAUUAAAGCAGAGAUGUAGCACUGCCUCGUUGUGAAUGUACACUGGACUGUUUAACUUUAAACUGAAUUCUGCUGCUGGCGGCAGGACUUGGCCAAUUUGGGCAUUUAGAUGUUGACAAGGACGGAACGAUGGAAACGUAAAAGUCCGAAUCAAACAUGUAUUGUCACCUUUGGCCACGGGUUUCUCCAAGAUUUCUGCUCUGCUUUCUGUUUUUCUUCUUUUGUGGGACUUCUUCACUUCAAACAGAGAGACACUCGCUGUAUUACAUUUACACUGGUUUGUCCAAACCUGUGGAUCUGCCGGGCAUCUAUGAAUUCACUGCUAUGGGUCUGCUAGACAACACACAGAUCGACUAUUACAAUAGUAAAGACAAGAGAAAGAUUCCCACACAGCACUGGAUGAAGGAGAAACUGCAGAAAGAUUACUGGGGGAAAGGCACUCUGUCGAGAGAGAGCAAAGAACAGUGGUUUAACUUCAAUAUCAAGAUUCUGAUGGAGCGCAUGAGGCACUAUCAAUCAGAUCUUCAUGUUCUUCAGUGGAGAACUGGUUGUGAAGUUGAGCAGCAGGGAAGUGACGUGAGGUUUCUCAAAGGUGUUUUUGAGUACAGCUAUGAUGGAGAAAACUUCCUGUCUUUUGAUGAUAGAGAGUCUCAAUGGGUCGCUUCAGUUUACGCAGCUCUACCAACCAAGAGAAAAUGGGACAGUGUGCCGAUCCUAAACCAAUACACCAAAGUCUACCUGGAGAAAGAGUGUGUGGACUGGCUCAACAAAUUUAGAGAAUAUGGAGACGAGGCGCUCAGAAACGGCUAUCCUCCAGAUGUUCAUAUAUUUGCAAGGAGGUCUACCAGUGACAAAACCAAGCUGAAACUGACCUGUCUGGCCACCGGCUUCUACCCCAAAGACUUGAGGAUGACCUUUAGGAAAUAUCGCACAUCUCUGCCUGAAGAUCAGAUUGAAUCCUCAGGAGUCAGACCAAACCAUGAUGGAUCCUAUCAGCUGAGGAAGAGUGUGGAGAUCAAGGAGGAUGAAAAAGCAGAAUAUGAUUGUUUUGUGACCCAGAGAACCCUCAAAGAACCAAUCAUCGUCAAAUGGGCUGGAGCAUGCAAGGAUUGCCAAGGAGUGGCUUUCAUUGAGUAUGAUUGGAUUGCAGUUGUGAUUGGGCUGGCAGGUGUUGCUUUUGUGCUUUACAUCUUAAUGAUGAAAAUGAUCACUGUGGGCAAUUUAAAGAAAACAACAAAGAAGAAGAGACCCAGUGACAGUUCAAUAAAACAUCUGGAGGAGAAAUACUACAUGUAAACCGAGGAGAAAUCAACACUCCAGACCUAAAAUCAACAUUCCAGAACCAUAAAGAUCCCAGCUUCAGCUAGUCUACGCUAGCCAACAAAACCCCCCAGAAAGAACUUUAUAGCCCUGCAGGCUCCUAAGAGAUGAGCCCAACUGGAAAACAUUGUCAAAGUUCGAUUGAUUUGGUCAGUGAUGGCACGGUUCGGGACCUCCCAAGAUAACAGCAGAGAGUGUUUGAUCCCAAGACAAAGGAUUUAAAACAGACCACAUCCUUCUUGAGGACCUCUGAACGACCCCAGGGCUGAAACCUCUUAAAACUAAAGAGACUGAUUAAAACUAAAUUUUCUUCUACAAUGAUAAUUGUUAUCAAGCUUGUAUAUUUAAGUUCAGUAAUUUCACUUUAAUUGCAAUGAAGAUUACCUAUUAAU